CUUUCAUCGUUCUCGACCUGCCCUUGCUGCCCCUUCUGCAGAGGCGUCGAGGUAAGGCGCGCGUUGGGCAGCGGUCUGCACGUGCUGGCAGUUCUUCCGGAAUCUGGCCGAGAUUAGUUCGAGGGCUUGCCGGUGCGAGCAAGUGUGUGCGCAUCCUUAUGCUCUGGCAGGUGCCAGGUCCUCCUCCUCUUUCCGUACGUAGCCGCAUUGGUUGAUUCUUGUUUCUCACCCUACCGCGUGAGACGUGUUCGACCAUAUUUACUAACUUCAGAUUAUCAUCACUCUACACUGUUACUAGUUCGUAUUGGAAACAUGACGACGGUAUCCUGUGCGUCAGCUAUCCGUCUGCCCGGAGUGGAGAAGCAGGUGGGCAUCGUUGAUAUCCUCGACAUUUUGCCGUUGAAGGUGCGUCUGGCCGAGGACGGCAGCCGCGUCGCUGGCAGCGACGCGAGCAGCGUUUCGGACGCCGACCAGUUGGACAUCGACCUGGGCCUCGCCGAGGAGCCGCGGCUCGUGGGGCCCAUCGGCCUCCCCCCAGGGCUCGCCCCACCCCCCGGGCUCGGCCUCGAAGUGGCUGACGGGCUCGAAUGCCUCAAGAGCGCGGUCGCCCCGGCCAAACGCACGCCCCUCCGCCGCACGGCCACCCUGUACUCGCCCCUCAGCAGCGGUGCCGAGGCGUUCGUCCCCAAGAAUCUCGCGUUGGCCGGAGGGCCGCGCCCGCGGCUCGGCGGCGAUGACCCGAAUGCCCCCCAGUGGACCACGGUGAUGAUGCGCAACGUCCCCGUCUCCUACACGUGCGACUCGCUAAUCGACCUGUUGGAAUCCAAGGGCUUCUCGGGUUGGUUCGACUUCGUCUACGUCCCCAUCAAGCGCACAGAGGUGCUCGGUGUUGGAUACGCAUUCAUCAAUCUGACCUCUCCAGAGCGAGCGCAGGAGUUCAUGCUUGCUUUCGAGGGCUUCGAUGGGUGGGCAUCGUCGAGCUCUGAAGCAGCGUGCUCUAUGCGUUGGAGCAUUUGCCAGGGCCUCGGUGAAAACGUCAGCCGCUAUCGAAACAGCCCGUUCAUGAGAGAUAACGUGCCGACGUUCUACAAGCCCGUCCUGUUGAAAGACGGCGUGCGAAUCCCGUUCCCAAAGCCUACGAAGCCUUUGCGUGCCAUGCGGCACCGCAAUUUUCAGGAACAGGAGGAUGACUAUUGAGCGGAUAGGUGCAUUUGAGAUUGCGUUGAGCUCCGACAAAACCUCAUCGUGAGGGGCGCGCCUGACGUGGGCGUCAGUUCGACGAUCUCUUUCUCGAGUGAUCGGGCCUCGUGCCUUGGUGGGAAGAGGCAACCCCGCCUCCUCCUCGUCACCCACCCUGUCCUCGUGCUCCCUCCUCCUCCUCCUCCUCCUCCUCCUCCUCCUGCUCCUCCUCCUCCUCCUCCUCCUCCCCGUUUCCGCC